GCCUGUUUUAGUAAAAGCUGGACGUAACAUUUGCACAUUAGACAUUGUAUUUAAUCUCAUCAUUUUCUCGUUUUCUAUUUAUAAUGUCAGUUUUACGAGAAGGAAUAAACAUUUUUAGAAUAGGCAGGUCAUUUGUAAAUACUUCACGCCUCAGCGCUGUCAGAGACUUCACCUCAUUUCGUUCGAGAUGUUUGACAGGUUCUUCUUGCCGCUUUUACACACGGAAUCAGUCCAGUUUUGGCAUCCUGUUUGACAUAGAUGGUGUGCUUUUAAGAGGACACACCCCAAUUCCUGGAGCAAAGGAGGCCAUGCGGAAACUAGUAGAUCGAAAUGGUGAAUUUCAGGUACCAGUUGUUUUUGUAACAAAUGCAGGAAACAGCAUGCGCCAGUCCAAAGCAGAGCUUCUCUCCAGUGUACUUGAUGUUCAGGUGUCCAAGCAUCAAGUUAUAAUGUCUCAUAGUCCUCUACAAAUGUUUACACAGUACCACCAGAAAAGAGUUCUUGUCUCAGGACAGGGACCGAUGACAGAAAUAGCUGAAAAUUUAGGUUUCCAGCAUGUGGUUACUAUUGAUAUGUUACGUGAAGCCUACCCUCUGCUUGAUGUUGUGGAUCAUAAUCGCAGGCCCAAAGACAUGCUGCCUCCAGCCAAAUAUAUACCACCAGUUGAAGCUAUAGUCCUCUUUGGUGAACCAAUCAGAUGGGAGACAAAUCUGCAGCUAAUUUUGGAUUUAUUGCUUUCUAAUGGUAACCCUACCCUGCCUUUGACAUCUCCACCUUAUCCUCAUAUACCAGUACUUGCUUGCAAUAUGGACCUUAUGUGGAUGGCAGAGGCAAAAAGACCCAGGUUUGGCCAUGGAACAUUUCUUGUAUGUUUAGAAAAUAUUUAUAAGAAAAUCACAGGCAAGGAGCUAAAAUAUGCAGCUUUAAUUGGGAAACCUAGUAUCAUCACUUACAACUAUGCAGAGCUACUUGUGCAACAACAAGCAGAGAGGAGAGGGUGGUCUUGGCCCUUUCAAAGACUGUAUGCUAUUGGUGACAACCCAAUGGCAGAUAUUUAUGGUGCCAAUUUAUACAACAGAUACCUACAAUCUGUAAGGGAAUCUAUGAAUCAGGUCAAAAAGAAGAAAGUCCCUGUUCUAGAAGUUGUGGAUGGAAAAGAGCAUGAAAAUGUCCUAACCACCUCUAGACUGGAUGAACUGACACACGGUGGCCUUAUGGAGAGUUGUAGUUCCAUCUUGGUGUGUACAGGAGUAUACCAUCGUGAUGAAGACUUGCCUACAAACCCACAUGAAAGUGUCACUGAACGUGUGUUUCAUGGUCACAGAGACUUUCAUUUUGAUCCUAGCCUGGUUGAAGCCUCCUUCAUUGUGCAAGAUGUUAAUGAGGCUGUUGACCUAGUUUUUUCACAGGAAAACUGGGAUCCAAAUUUUUGAUGUAUAAAUAUGCAUACUCAAAGUGAGAAAAGCCUUUGAGUUUUUAUUUAGAUGUAAGUGCAUGUUUGAAAUAACCCAUUCA